AUGUGCUGGUGUUUCAACUUUGGCUUCUCAAGCAAAUCGAAAAGCAAAUCAUCAUCGUCGAACGAGAAGAGGAAACGGGAUGCGCCGGCGGAUGGCGUGUCUCACGGCAAUGGUAGGCCCAUCGUUGGAGAGCUUCAGGAGAAGCGCAGAUCGAGAGAUUCUACGAAGAAGAGGCGGUCGACCAACGCUGAUGUCCCGCGUUUACCGCGACGAGCGAGAGAUGAAGUUGAACCACAGUCACAAUACCAACAUAGCGAUCCAUACCAACACAGACCAACCCUGAAUGUCCAAGUUCCCAGCAUGCGGCAACGCUCAGUACAUCCAGGAGGCACUCAGUAUGCUACAAGCACACACUCUUCACAGGAGACACUAUUGAAUCCUCGGCCUCAUCGUAGCACACAUCAACGCCAGCGACAUCCAAAACAUACGUCGCAAUCGACGCUUCGUGGCCGUGGAGCCAAGCGCGAUCCACCGAGGAACACAAAAUCGAAGAAGAACCCUCGCCCCGAACCCUCGAGAGGCUGGGCGUUCUUUGCGCCUUCGCCACCGAAAACACCAUCGAGGCGCAACUACCAGACACUGGACGCUUCACCACGCAGCCACCGCUCUAGUCGCCAACAUCGAUCUCCACAGCAGCACGAAACAACUUCAAAUUCUUCGCCCUCUCAACCCCGCCAUCGUCGUUCACGUCAGCAGGAGCAGCAGGCUCCAACUACACGCAAUACGCGCUCCAGGACGCCAAACUCGGCUGCUAGGCGAGUGCCUGACCGCCGUUUCGCUGUACUCGCUGCUACCAACCAAGCGCUCGAGACUGUGCGCCGAGACGCUUUUGCGCAGCCAUCACCGCCGCCACGAAGAGAAAGGCUUCGAAGAUAUGAGGGUGUUACUAUCCCUACCUCGCAAAUGCCUUUCAACUGGGAUUGUGUCAGUAGUUCACAAGCCUCUGGCAGUCACGCAGAGUCAAGUUCACGAAACAGGCAGUCACGAAGAUAA